GUAGAGCGCAGCGUAGAGCAGCAGACCUCAUGGCGCCGUCGACGUGCCCGCUGCUGCUGGAGAGCCGCGCGCUCAUCGACUCGCUGGGCUACGUGGACACGGAGUACAACUCGCCGCAGAGCCAGCAGCAGGUGCAGGCGCUGAUCCGCGCCGAGAUGGCCACGUUCGCGCCGCCCGCGGACAAAUACCUGGCCUACCUGCCGCCCUACUCGCCCACCUUCGGCGGUAGAACGCGCCUGCAGACCGAGUUCAAGCGCGUGGCGGCCAACGUGCCGCUGGACGCCAUCGACAUGAACAGGUACCAGGUGAAGGAGCCCACGGGCAAGCACGCGCAGAGUCUCGAGGCCUGGGAGCACGCUGCCAAGCAGCUCGAGGUGGCGGUAGAACACCAGAACAAUAGGGUGGUGAACCUGGAGCUGCAGCAGGACUACGGCACCAAGCUGGCCAAGGUGCGCGCGGCCGUGUUGGACGGCAUGAACGCGCAGUACGAGCACGCGGUGAAGGAGACAAAGGCCGCGUCCGACAAGAUCAACCUGGCCCGCCAGCAGGAGCAGGCGCGCAACGCCGCCAAGCUGUACAACUACCAGAGUAAGUACUACGAGCUGCUGGCCAAGAACGCGUCCAUCAAGCGGGCAUGCGCGGAGCAGGCGCAGCGGCAACAGAAGAAGAUGAAGACGGAGGCGUGA